AGGUUACUGCCGAAAGGGGCGGCUAUGGUGGAGGGAGCCCACGCAAGAAAAUUCCUUGUCCUCAGCGAAGACGAUCAUCGGCAUCGGUAGCGUGCCCUUCCAAUCCAUCACUGUGGGCGCCAUCCGACCAAUUGCAACUUGCCUGCCGGCCCCUUCUCCACAGCGACAGUGCAGCGACCUUUCAGACAGAGCUCAGCUCAGUGCCCCAGUGAGCUGAACCCAGUCCAGUCUCCAGUCUCGAGCGUAAUCCAUUCAUUAAUGGGGGAGGCGACGGCGACGGCGGAGGCAGAGGCGCCGGUGAGCAGCUGGGUGGUGGAGAUGGAGAAGACGAUCGGCGAGAUGCACAUCGACCCGGCGGCGGAGAUGGCGCGGUGGAAGCGCCACUCCAUCUACCGCGUCCCGGAGCGGAUCAAGAACCUGCACAACAGCAAGGCGUACCAGCCGGAGCUGGUCUCGCUGGGGCCCUUCCACCACGGCGACCCGGAGCUGCUCCCCAUGGAGGAGCACAAGCGCCGGGCCGUGGUGCACCUGGUGAAGCGCUCGGGGCGGCCGCUGCGGGAGUUCGUGGCCGCCGUCGCCGAGGUGGCGCAGCAGCUGCAGGACGCCUACAAGGACCUCGGCGACGAGUGGCGCGGCGCCGCCGGCGGGGGCACGGACCGCUUCGUGCAGCUCAUGGUCACCGACGGCUGCUUCCUGGUGGAGGCGAUGCGGAUGGACGCGCUGCGGGGCAAGGUGCACGAGGAGUACGCGCCCAACGACCCCGUCUUCAGCAAGUACGGCUACCUCUACCUGUGGAACUACAUCCAAUCCGACAUGGUCGUCGUCGAGAACCAGCUCCCGCUGCUCCUCCUCCAGAGGCUCCUCAUUGUCCUCGAUCACCACAAAUACCAGUUUAAGUGGCGUAGAAGGCAUCGCUCAGUGAGUGUCGUUGCAUGCCGACCUGGACAGGAACAGAUGAGGAGACAUGACAUGCUAGAUUGGCAGGCAGCCAAACGUAUGUGUGAAAGUGAUAUCUUACUUGAAACUUUGAAAGAGAGGCAGAGAGCUGCUUGAAAGAUAUUACAUCAUGCACGGACAAACAGAGGCUGUAUGAAAUACACGUGGAUAUUCAAAUAAAUUUUUUUUUUGCGGGAAAUCUUCCGAUCUAUUCAUCUUCAAUAAAGGCAGUACCACGAAUACCAAAAAUAAUAAAAUUACAUCCAGAUCCGUAGACCACCUAGCGACGACUACAAGUACUGAAGCGAGCCGAAGGCGCGCCGCCGUCAUCGCCCCUCCAUCGUCGGAGUCGGGCACAACUUGCUGUAGUAGACAGUCGGAAAGUCGUCGUGCUAAGGCCCUAUAGGACCAGCGCACCAGAACAGCAACCGCCGCAGAUGAAGAAUAACGUAGAUCAGAAGGAUCCAAUCCGAAGACACAUGAACGUAGACGAACACCAACGAGAUCCGAGCAAAUCCACCAAAGAUAUAUCCGCCGGAGACACACCUCCACACGCCCACUAACGAUGCUAGACGCACCACUGAAACGGGGGCUAGGCAGGGAGACCAUUAUUCCAUCUUCAGGAAAUCGCCGCCGUUUCGCCUUCCUGAGCAUAAUACAAACCCUAACAAAACUGAAAAGAACGACUAAAAACGAAGCCCUCCCGCCGGCCCUCAAAUAAUGCUAAACAACUUGAUGCCGGGAGAGUGGAACCUUUGUCUAUGUUUUUUUUGUUGUGGCCUUCCUUACGGCAUCUAGUACAACUAAGACUUUUUCUUGAUUAUUAUAAUGAACUUUAAUGAAAAGGCUUGAACACUUAUGCGAUUGAUAAGGAAUAAAAUAUUUCACAUUGGCCACUUAUUUGGUCAGUCCGCAACUAAAAACAUCUUAUAUUAACGAUGUGUUCAGCAAUACUCCGCUCCUUCGCCAUGGAGCGGAGCGGGCAGAGCACCUAUUUGGCCGCUCGCCAAAAUUCCACUGGAUGCUGCUCUGCUCCGCAGCGGAGUUACGGAGCGGAGUGAUUCCGAACGGCCUCUAAGUUACAGAGGUAGUAGUCAAUCUCACGAGGACAGUGGCUUCAGUCUCACAAAGUUCUUUGGCAGGCAUUGUUCUUGUGCAUCGUCCCUGUGUUCUUAACACACUAGUACAUAUUACUAACAAUUAUUACUUUCUUCGUCCCAUAAUAUAAGAUGUUAUUACACUAGUACAUAUUAUGGGACGGAGGAAGUACAACUCUGUAUGCGUCAAAAUUUUGGGGGGGAAAGCUUCAAAAGAGUAUUACUACAACUUUGUACCCUGCGCCAGUCUCCACUACAGACUUCAGCUAUCAGGACUAUACUCCUGAAUCCUGAUCAGAUCAAUAGCUAGAGCGCCAUCUUCCAAAUCCCAGCACCAGCACAGUUUUUCUCUUCUUCAAGCUGAGCCGAGCCAAGCCGGGCCGGGGACAUUCCCUCGCCUUGGAUGCAUUUGUCCAGCAUCAGGAUAUCUUUUCUUCCGGCAGAGUGUCCGCUCCACCACUCUUUUGAGCAAGUGCAACAGGCGCUGCCGCAUCAUCUGCAAACCGGACCAAACUGCACAGCCAAAGAAUACGUCAUUUCUCAGUUUCCAAGUGGUCCACAACUCCACAUUAAUCCACAAGAAAUCAUGUAAGCUAAAGCCUCUUUUCUUAUUACAUAGCCAAAGACUUGCAACAUUGACAUAGCUGUCAAGCACAACAGGAACAGCAACUAUGACUCCCACUUCUUUCCAGGGUAGUGCCAAUAACAUCACAUUCAAAGAGACGGUGGCAAGUUUCUAAUCUACAGCACAAUGAGUAGUAUCUUUUAUCAGGGAUGUCUUGUCUCUCACACAAAUUGUCUCUAGUGAGCAAUUUAUUGUGUGAUGACAAGAGCCUGUACCCUGGGGGGGUGAUGGGUAAUUUUCAAACAGCAGGGGCAAAGAUGGGGGUACUCCCCCCUAAAAUUAAUCACUACAUAAAGAGACUGCGACUAUGCAGGCCAGAACCAUGUAAUUGCCAGGCCAUCUGGUCCGGCCAAUCUGUACAAGGUCUUCCUGUUGCUGCAUAAGUUUAGCAUCAAAGCCCCUCCCAAAAGAGAUCUUGAUUUGAACCCCGUCCCAAAUCUCAGCAAUAGUGACAUUAACCUCAUUGCACACAAAAUAUAUGUUCAAAGAACUGAACAGCUAAGCUAGAAUAUUUAACUGACCGAAAUAAAAAUAGCCGCCUGUCAAGUUAAUUUUACUACUCCCUCCGAUCCAUAUUACUUGUCGCUCAAAUGGAUGUAUCUAGAUGUAUUUCAAUGCUAGAUACAUCUGUUUGAGUGACAAGUAACAUGAAUCGGAGGGAGUAGUGAUUUCACAUGAUGUUAUGUGAUUAAAAUGACAUUUCUCUAUGAAUUUUUCAUACUUCAACUAGACUAAUUUUUUCUUUCCAGUUGAACCAGAUUAAACAUUAACUAGUAUAUAAAAUUAUACAUAUACAUGGUUGCGCACGCCUACUUGUUGUUGUACUGGUCUUCAUUGGCUGGUCUCGGCAACCGGGAUGAAAAUCCUCCUCUAGAUCGUCUUUGGCCAGAUGUGGCAAUGAUAACGUGAGGACGUUAUUCCUUCUUGAAGGUGUUGCUGCAGAAGAAGUCGACUUAGUCUUAGGUGCUUAUUUCAUAUAUUGUAAUGCUUCCGUCAUGGCUGCUUUGUUUUGUACUCCCUCCGUUUGUUUUUAUAAGACGUUUCAGACAGCUUGCUUUGUACUGUUUUGAACAGUGUCUGAAUGUCUAAAACGUCUUAUAAAAAUGAACACAGGUAGUACUCUGCUUACUAAUUGAUAAAAAUGGAUGUGUGCAACAAUGAUGCAGAGACCGGGGGUUUGAACCUCCUUUCUGAAAAAAUGGUUGUGCACUGGGACGUAGAACCCAUUCCUGUUAAAUUCAUAUUCCAGUUUGAUGAGUUAUUCUUUCAGGGGUAUUUCUUUUAGGUGUAGAAUUAGAAUUCAAGCAUGCCACCAUGUUUGCUCUAAGAAUUUGAAAAUUCAUAUGUUCAUUGAAUAAAAAAAGAUAGCUACAUUCUCGGCCUUGAGGUGGCAUAAGGUUGUCAUAAUGCAGAUUAAUUAGAACAUUAUAUAUUGAACCUCUUAAUAUUAUUACAAAGAUAUCAUAGUCGGGUCAUACACACGAUGGAGAUCA